AGUGGCGUGACGUUUUGGAUAGUGAGGUGGAUGUACAAACAACAAAUAAUGUUUCGGCGAUGAGCCCUUUUGAAAGUGGAUCUGGAGUAGUUAUCGAAGUUGAGCGUCAGUCACCAGUCUCUUGUAGUAAUGCAACUGAUUCGGCCACAGUUGACGGCGUGUUGAUAUCUGUAUCUGGAAGCUGGAAAAGAAUCAAAUACAAGCAGACGUUCAUGGGAACUCAGAAAUGCUUUGCAAUUUUUGGAAGCGUUCCUAACUGGGCCUCUGGUAUAUUCAAUCCCCGUGUUUUGGAUUUCGACCUUGAUUUGGAUGAACUUUGGAAAGAAGAAUAUCUUGGCCCAAACGGUAAUCAUUUCGAUGGCGUGAAUGCUUUGUGCGGUGAUGAACACUUUUGGAUGGUAAAUCAACCAAAUACUCCGGUAGCCGGAGUCAGUCUUAGACGAAAGAGCGGCAGGGCGAUUGCCGGGAUAUCCACCUUUGGCAAGUGUGGGAUGUUCAAGUUCAAGAUUUCUGAUAUUCGUGUUCUAGAAUAAGAAUUCUGUAUCGAGUCCUGGCUAAUCCAAGUUGUUAUUGGCGACACAAGUUGCGGUCCUCUCCCAGCUGAUGCUUGUGAUGUCAUGACAGAAUGUCACGUGGCAUUCCAAACAAAGGCUUCGAAGGAGAAUUAACACGUAAUUGCCUUUAGCACCUUUGACUGGCUAGGACUUGAGCCUGCGAUUAAUUGAUAAGUUUGUGCAGUUAAAUCACCUUUUAAGCACAACAGCACUAUGACAGUAAACUGCAUAAGAAGCAGAGCUGGAUAUUACUUUACGUUGAAAUAAUUAGAGUGUUUGCUAUUUUAUAGACACUGAUAGUCGAAUGAACACAAACUGUUGAGGGAAGACGAUCAAGAUCCCACAUUUAGCUUGUUUUCACUCGUUCUAAGGCCGUUUUUUUCACGUCUAAUUAUAAGAAUUAACACAACAGACAGCCUGUGGCUAGAAGUAGUUAUGUUCUCACUUCACUUUAGAGGCGAAAAGGGGAAUAUAUGAAUAAGUUGCUGGGUGUUGUACUGCCGUUGUAAUAUUUUGAACAAGGUUUAUGGUAUGUAAUGUUAAAAGUUUGUAGUUCAUUCAUUCCAAAAAAUUUUGUUUACACUCGUGUUGAAAUUCUACCAGGGAAGG